GUUACUUAUCCAGUAUCGAACUCUGCAUCGCAAGUUACGGUUAUAAACGUACUCGGGGUUUGUUAUUCGUUUGCUUGGUGUGUUGUAUGUGUUUAUAUUGUUUUUUUGUGUAAAAACUACUAAAUUUUCAUAAUGAGUGCCGAGGAAGAAGUGUUGCGGAUUCAGAAAAAAUUAAACAAGAUGUCGAGCGGUGACGGGACGGGGCAAGAACAAGCUCUGGAAUUACUUAAAAUAUUACAAAAGUUGCCCGUGGACUUAGAACUCUUGACUAAGACACGUAUUGGAAUGACAGUGAAUGCCUUGAGGAAAUCAAGCAGAGAUGAAGAAGUUAUAUCGUUAUCCAAAACUCUCAUUAAAAAUUGGAAAAAAUUCUUAUCUGGUUCCAAUAAAGAAAAAGAUUCUACUUCUUCGAGUAGUUCAAAAAAAAAGGAUGAUAAGACAGAGAAAAACAAAGAUGAUGGAGAUCAAAAAAAAGACAAGGAUAAUGUAGAUGCAAGCGAUGUCAAAAUGAAAGAAGAUAAACCUCAUAAAGAUAUUCAAAGAAAACAAUCAACAUUUCCAGCUCCUACCACUACAGAUGCCGUAAGGCUCAAAUGUAGAGAGCUUUUGGCAGCUGCUUUGAGAGUUGAUGGAAAUACAAUUGAUGGCUGUGCUACACCAGAGGAAUUAGCAGAAGAACUUGAGGAAGCAAUUUAUGCAGAAUUUAAAAAUACUGACCACAGAUAUAAAAAUAGAGUGCGAAGCAGAGUCGCUAAUUUACGCGAUGCAAAAAAUCCUAAUCUUCGAACGAAUUUUAUUGCUGGUGCUAUAACACCUGCUAGGCUUGCUGUUAUGACUGCAGAGGAGAUGGCAAGCGAUGAAAUAAAACAAUUAAGAGAACAGUUUAAGAAAGAGGCAAUCAAUGAUGCACAACUUGCUACAGUGCAGGGCACGAAAACUGAUCUAUUGAAAUGUGGAAAGUGUAAGAAACGUAAUUGCACUUACAAUCAAGUGCAGACGCGCUCAGCUGAUGAACCUAUGACUACUUUUGUGUUAUGCAAUGAAUGCGGAAACCGAUGGAAGUUUUGCUAAAUAUUCUUACUGUCCACAGUUUUUUCUGAUUGCAAUGGAGAAAAAAUGU